AGGUGGGUGGGAGGGAUGGUGAGACACAACAACAAUGGUGACCUGCCAACAACGAAACUGUUCUUUAAUGAGAGAGUCACGUUGCUGUGGUCCAUAUUCCAGGUGUACGUGGCCGGUGAGCUGGACCGGGAGAGGCAGGCCGAGUACACCCUCACCGUCACCAUCACCGACGGGAAGUUUACGGCCAACACGACUGUUACUGUGACAGUCAUUGACAUCAACGACAACGGUCCGGUGUGCAAGGAGCCAAUCUACCGUCGGGAGAUCUCUGAGGAUGCCACCCCAGGCACCCAGGUGGCCUCUGUUGUGUCCUGGGAUGCCGAUGAAGGCACUGCUGCCUGGAGCCGCUACAUUCUCACCGGGGACAGCGCCCACCACUUCAGUAUUGACCAGCUGAAUGGCCACGUGGCCACAGCCACCCAGCUGGACAGAGAGGCACGGGACCACUACCACCUCACUGUUGUGGUGGAGGACUGGGAGCACAAGGCCUGGCAGUGUGAGGUGGUGGUGGAGGUCCUGGUGACGGACACCAACGACAACCCCCCGUCCUUCUCCCUGGCCACCCACGCCGCCACCCUGCUGGAGGACGCGCCCAUCAACACCAUCGUCCUCAAGACGUCUGCCACGGACCCUGACCUCGGCAUCAAUCGACGGCUGCUGUACAACUUUGUGGACUCAGCGGAGGGCCACUUCACCAUUGACGAGAUGGAGGGUGUGGUCAGCCUGGCCCGGCCCCUGGACCAUGAGACAAGGGACUCCUACAGCCUGACAGUGUGCGCCGUGGACCAGCGCUGUCAUCCACCACGCAGCUCAUCGUCACAGUCUCAGGUCUUCGUGGAGGUCGAGGACGUGAACGACCACAUGCCCCAGACGGAGGAGCCCGCCUACCACACCUACGUGGCCGAGAACCUGCCGCCGGACACCUCCGUCAUAGCGCUGCGGGCCUCGGACGGCGACCUGGCGCCCUCCAACAUCUCCUUCGCCAUCACCAAAGGUAACCAACUGGCGCGCUUCAAGAUACACCCGCAGACAGGUAUUUGGAAACAGGCUCCACUAGUGACACGCCUCGAAGCUUCGAAGCAGACUUAA